AUGGUUAAAGCAACUUGACUGUAACUGUAACAGAAAUGUCAAGGAAAUCCUUUUCAACGUUCUUGGCGGUGCUUUUGAUUUCUGAGUGUUUCAGUGAAUUUCAUGAAGUUGGAUCUGACUGGAUGCUAAAACGGAUCAGCCGACGCCAGGCUAUCGAAGGUGUGGACUGGGCUUUAGACAGGCUGAACGAGCUCAAGCUGCACCCAGACGGUACUGAUGGUAAAAUAGAAAAUGUAGCGGAGGGAGAUGUGUACGUGGUGGGGGGUGGUGUGCGCGCGACGCACGUGGAGUUCGGGGCACGUGUACUGGAGGGGUAUAGUUAUGAUGGGAGUGAUAGUCGGGAGGACUGUAGUGGUGGUGUCUCCACAGGAGCUGCCUCCAUAGCAAUUGGUGGCUACAACGGAAUAGCCAGAAGAGCUAAUGUGAUCCCAGUAAAAGUGGGCUGUGGACAGAGUGUUUCCUCUUCAGCCCUUUCUCGAGGUCUACAAUGGGUACAGCAGCACAUAUCCUCCAACCCCGGUCACCGUGCUGUUAUCCUCCUCUCUUUCCCACUCUCUGGCUCCGUGCCUAGUGAACUGAACACACUCGCUGAGAAUCAACUUGUGGUUCUUCCUGCUGGCGAUUCUUCCUCCAACCACUGCAGUUUUAUUUCUCCGACAGAUGAGAUAGGUAUUAUGGUAGUGGCUUCCUCCACCAAGACCGACACUCAGUCCUCCAGUUCUAACUAUGGCAGAUGUAUUGAUAUUUGGGCUCCAGGUGAGGAAGUAUCUGUGGCAAGUUCCUCUGACGACACCAGCAUUACAAAGGAGACUGGUACCCCCUACGCAGCCGGUGCUGUCGCGGGUGCUGCUAUCCAGAACCUCCUUAUGAUCAGAGAGGCAGGAGAAGUAGCUAGAUUAAAGGCUGUCCUACUAAGCAGAUCUACUAAAGAAGCACUCACACUCUCACCAUCUGCUAACAGGGCUGCCACCCCCAACAGAUUACUCUUCGAUAUUUGUCCUUUCUACAAGCGGCCGGACCACGGCAAGUGUUACGUAGCCCAAACAAAGCAGCUGGUGAACUCAGACAACAACGAGAAGAUGAAGAAAGCCGCUAAAAGCGUGGUCACGUGGGAUGACAUGGCUUACAACUACUACGAGGACUGUCUUUCUGUGCUGGUGUUUGCUUCCUCUGAGACUAACAACUCUGUUACCGCUACUCAUGAGAGGGCGGGUGAGUUGAUCAUGGAUACUGUGUUCACGAUUAAAACAGCUAGUACGGUGAUAACCCUCGAAUCUGGACCAAAGGUAACAGUGGACGCUAUAGAAAUGAACCUGGGCUCGGUUAUAGAGGGAGCUGACUACAUUAUUUCUCUAGCAGACCACCAAGUGCGAACCCAGCAAGAUGACCGCAGAUUUGUUCCUGUCGUCACUGUGAAAUUGCCUGAAAACAUUACGGUAUCGUUUGAUGGACAUCAGCAGAUCAGAAUUAACUUGGAUGAUAUGGAGUUGUUCCGUGAGAAAACUAAAGGAAUCUGUGGUUUCCUUGACAACAGUCAUGUUCGUGAGUUUGUUGACCGGUAUGAGAAUGACAUGGAGUUUACCUUCAAGGAAAACAAGAGGAAAUAUAUUCAGGAAUGGAAAGAGGGCGACUUUACUUGUGAGGGUGAAGAGGUAGACGAGCUGUGUAGAGACGAAUCUGAAUGUCAGGAAACUGCUGAACAAGUGUGCUAUCCUCUCAAGGACCCCUCCGGUGACUUUAACCAAUGUUUUGAGGUCCUGGAUUCGUCCAGCUGGUAUACAAACUGCGUGGAUGCAGUCAAGGAGUGCUGCUGUAACAAUGUAGAUACAGGCAAGUGUUCCUGUGAGGAGCAGGAAAAGUACUGGUUUGCAGCACUACUGGAGGGUUGUGAGGCCGACUUGCCUUGUGAUGACCCCUGUAUAAAGCCUGACACAGACAAAGAGUGUGUUGAUGACGCAGGAAAAGAGUUAUCCUUCUUCUACAAAGAGAGCAUCUCAUACGACCCUAAAGACAACUGUCAUUAUGUUGAUGAGCACGAUUCUAUCGAGUGUAAACAUGACGGUUCAUGGAACAAGGACCCCUCCGACUGCAAGGUUAAGACAUGUUCCACCCCCGGGUUAACAGACUUUGUAGAGUUCUUGUUGGACAGUGAAGCUUCUUACAACUGUGGAGAUAAGGUGGGGUACGAGUGCACGAAGACAGAAUGUAACUGUAACUGCUACGAGAUGACUGGGGGCUCAGAGAUACAGUGUGUAUCUAACGGUGACAAGACUGCUGGGUGGAGUAGCAGUCCUCCAUCUUGCAAACUUACCGAGUGUGCAGAUCCAAGAAUUCCCAACGUUGACAAGCAGAUCAAUGCUAGUCCCCUCUCUUGGGUGGAUUUCGAUGACAAAUCCUGCUGCUCCGGACGAGUGAGUUAUCACUGUCACGAGUGCUAUGAACUAGCAGGGACCCCGGAGGUGGGGUGCUGCAACAAAAAGUGGGGAGAUGGGUCACUACCUGAGUGUAGACUGAAACAGUGUGCGGACCCAGCAGUGGAAGUAGGAGCUAGCGGAGAUGCUCACUUAUCCAUCAGAUCUGGUGGAGCUCACUACUGCUCCUACCAAAUAAACUACUAUUGUGACAGUCCUUGUUAUGAGAUUGAAGGUAACGCUACAAGCACCUGCCAGCCUGAUGGUAGCUGGUCUGGUGAGCUACCAACAUGUGUGAAGAGGAAGUGUCCUGCUGUUACAUCGUACGAGGAUGGAAACUAUCUCUUUAAUGGUGCUGAGGUUUCUCAAGGAGAAAUACUGGAGUGCGGAGACACACUGCACGUGCAAUGUAACAGCUGCAGUUUCCCAUGCACGAGUACGUGCGAGCGCACGUGCAAAUGGAACGGGACAACCACAGUGUGGAGCAACAGUGAGCCACAAUGUGCCCCUAUCAUGUGCAGACAGAGAAACGUUCCCAACGCUCUCGUCACUAACAAAAAAGGAGCACUACAAUGCGGAGAAGCCUCCAGCGCAACCUGCAACACCUGCUACAGACAAGAAGGCGGGGACAACACAAGAAGUUGCACACAAGUAGCGAGUAACCAGACCUGCCCUUUAUCCCACGUGGACGGGGUUUAUGACGGGGAGGAGAUAACGUGUGUUAAGAUGGAGUGCCCUGAGCUGGUGCUGGGGGAUAACAUCAGGAUUGUGGAGGAGACUUGCAGUAAUGACUUCAAGUGUAACUGUGUUGUGACUUUGGAGUGUGAUGAUGGAUGUUAUGAAAUGAACGGUGAGGCCACGUUGUCAUGUGACGGUUCUGGUGAAUGGGACCACGAGAUGCCAACCUGCACUAGGAAGACGUGUCCAUGGAGACAACCGGAGUUCUCUAGGAGAUAUAACUAUGAUGUAGAGUGGCCAGGUAAGGAGAUUAGUAUUAUGGUUAAGAGGAGAUAUAACUAUGAUGUAGAGUGGCCAGGUAAGGAGAUUAGUAUUAUGGUUAAGAGGAGAUAUAACUAUGAUGUAGAGUGGCCAGGUAAGGAGAUUGGUAUUAUGGUUAAGAGGAGAUAUAACUAUGAUGUAGAGUGGCCAGGUAAGGAGAUUGGUAUUAUGGUUGAGAGGAGAUAUAACUAUGAUGUAGAGUGGCCAGGUAAGGAUAUUGGUAUUAUGGUUGAGAGGAGAUAUAACUAUGAUGUAGAGUGGCCAGGUAAGGAUAUUGGUAUUAUGGUUAAGAGGAGAUAUAACUAUGAUGUAGAGUGGUCAGGUAAGGAUAUUGGUAUUAUGGUUAAGAGGAGAUAUAACUAUGAUGUAGAGUGGCCAGGUAAGGAUAUUGGUAUUAUGAUUAAGAGGAGAUAUAACUAUGAUGUAGAGUGGCCAGGUAAGGAGAUUGGUAUUAUGGUUAAGAAGAGAUAUAACUAUGAUGUAGAGUGGUCAGGUAAGGAGAUUGGUAUUAUGGUUAAGAGGAGAUACAACUAUGAUGUAGAGUGGCCAGGUAAGGAUAUUGGUAUUAUGAUUAAGAGGAGAUAUAACUAUGAUGUAGAGUGGCCAGGUGGUUGCCAGUUUGAGAGCUCAGUAGACGGAAAGAGGGUUUCUGGAGAUGACACAUUCUACUGUGGUGACAUAAUGGACGUGGAGGCAGUUUCUAAAGAUUGUUACCAUGUAUGUGACAAAGACAGGUUGAUGUGUCAGAGUGAUGGAACGUGGAACAUCUCAUCCUCACAAAUCCCUAGCUGCAUUUACAUGACAUGUGAUGCACCUGAGCCAGUCUCUAACGCUUAUCUAGUGAACGACGAUCACGAGUACAACUGCACCACCACGUUAAGAUGGGAGUGUGACAAGUGCUACAGACACGUGAGUGGAGACCUGGAGAGAUCUUGUGUUCCUAAAGACAUUAAGAAAGAUCCUAAGGGCCAGUGGAGUGGACUACCUCCAGUCUGUCAAAUAAUGGCAUGCGCGGACGAUGAGAUCCCUGUUGUCACUAACGCCACAGUUACUAAGGAAGCUUUGUCCUGCGGUGGAAAGUUAAAGUACACUUGUAACGAGUGCACAGAACUAGUAGGUAACGAGGAGGUGAUAUGUACUCAGCCUGAUCUGGAGUUCAGUCUCACGAGCUGGGUCAACACCCCUCCCUCCUGUCAACCUAUUUGCUGCCCAGCACUACUACCCGUACCCAGCGAGGAUGAGGACUACCAGGUUAUAUCUACGGGAGUACGUUACACACACGGCGCUAACCCGGCAGGUUGUGGAGAUAACUACGUGUGUCAGGAGGUAGCAGCUGAGUGUGACGAGUGCUAUGAGUACAGAACAGAGGGGGCUGUGUUUGACUCUGCACCCACGAGGAAGUGCGUCAAGAAGGGUAACAGUAAGGAAGGUUACUGGACCAACACUGACAGAAUGUGCUCCAGGAAAGAGUGUAACGUUCCUGAGAUCCCAACUGAAUUCAACCUUCACUACACUGUAGUACACAGUACAAAGAAGUGCAACCAAACUAUAGAGGUCGAAUGUGACUGCUGUCAUAAGAUCAGUGACAAUGUUAUAACAGACACUCUGCAAUGUCUUCCCACUAAGUUCUGGGACAAGGACCUUCCAAAGUGCGUCCCCAUCACCUGCUCCGAGCCUGUCACUAUUGAUAACGGAAGUUUUAAGACAGUAGAACCGGAGUCUGCUUGUACUUGUGGUACAGUACGAUACGAGUGUGAUCCCUGCUACAGACUGGUGGGGAGUGAGACUCUGACUUGUAACCAGAACACCAACACGGGGACUGCUGGCUGGAGCUCCCACCCUCCUGUCUGUGAACCUAUCUGUUGCGAGCACCUGGAGGAGCCGGUGGACCCAAUAACAGAGGAGAAGAGUACACAGUUGGUGUACAGAAAGGGAACCAGAACGGUUCUACAGGAACUGGGUGAGAUGACGGUUAAAGAGAACUUUGCCACAUGUGACAGGGACUAUGUGUGUCAGGAGAUAGAUCCUAUCUGUGGACCUUGCUUUGAGUACAACGCCGAGGAUGGAGCAGUAGUGGACGGAAUAAAGAACCCGCCCGUAAAACAGUGUGUUAAGAAACAGUCGGAGAUAGGAGAAAUAGGAGAGUGGACUAACAGAGACAAGUUCUGCACAUUGAAGCAGUGCGCCUACAGAGAUGUAGAUGAAACCAUGCACCUCCACUACACCUCCCCUCAUGACUACAGUCUAGAUAACCCUGCUCAUUGUCAGAGCACUGUGGAGGUGACGUGUGACGAGUGUUAUGAGCUCCCUGACGGUUCAAGGUCACAGAUUCACACGUGUCAGACAAACAAGACCUGGUCACAUGACCUCCCUACUUGCCACAGGUCGAAGUGCGCCACCCCGCCAGCUGUACCACACUGUACCUAUAAAGCAGGAGAGAACAAGUGUAACUUUAAGAAGGAACUGGAGUGUGACGAGUGCUACUACGAGGAGUCGUGUGCUGAAGAGACAAUGUCGACGGAUGGAAUCAUGGAAGCGCAAUGUAAUUACGAUAAAUCUUGGUCUUGGACAACAAAAGAGCCUAAAAUGAACUUAAGACAAUGUGAAGAAGCUCCGGAAAUAGAGCACGGACAAGUAGACACAACGGGACGAGGAUGUGGGGACAUGGCGCGUUACAGAUGUGACAGGUGCUACACCUUCAGUCACGACUCUGAGUGCCUCUGUGAGAGGAGGAAGUGUGUACCUGACCCUGGGGACUGUACUAGAGGGAUGUGGAACGAGACAGCGCCCACGUGCGAGAGAAUCACGUGUGAGGCCCCACCUAGUCCCCCUACUCACGGCAGUCUCGUCAGCAUUGAUGGCACUUGUGAUGGAGCGGCUGUUUACAAGUGUGAUGAAGGGUAUUACCUGACAGACGGUGAUUUGGUCCGGAACUGCACUGAGUGGGGAAAGUGGACUGGUAAACACCCCGUCUGCUCAAUUAAAGUCUGCACCUCAAUAAACUCCUCACCUAACCGCUCUCACUUCCCCGAUCUCACACACGAGUACGGUACUGUUGUCACGUUCAAGUGCGAUGAUUGUUACAAGUUUAAUAGUGCCUUCAAAAACGAAAGUGUAAAAGAAACAGAGAGCAUCUACCCAAGGUUCCAUGUGUUAAAGUGCGAAGCUACUGGGAACUGGAACGGAAGUUUCCCUGUCUGUCAGGAGAAGAGGUGCUCCAACCCAGGGACACCAGCUAACGGCAGAAUGACAAGUUCUCAGAACUUCCAGUGUGAGGCUAGUGUAACGUACGAGUGUAACACCGGCUACCACUUUACUUAUACAAGUUCCCGAACAGUAACACGAAAAUGUGACGGAGAGAAAUGGUCAGGGACGGAGCCGGAGUGCGUGGCGAUCGAUUGCGGAGAAAUUUCUGUCAGUCUUCCGCUGGUAGCUGAGUAUAUCGAUACUCUAUAUGGGUACGAGGUAGAAUACACCUGCGGAGUAAACCCCAGACAGAGACGCUGUUUCCACGUCCCCCACCCGGAGGAGGCACUCUGCCAAUCUGAUGGAACCUGGGAGUCCCCUCACAGUGGAUGUGCCAGGAAACAGUGCCCGGCUCCCCCUCUUAUUCCUCAUGCUAACAUGAAGAAAGCAAAGAUAAACCUAGAGGAUACUGAUUGUAACCAGCAGUAUUGGUACACGUGCGAGGAAGGGUACAAGAUGGAGGGGACUCCCUGGAUAAGAUGUGACAAGACUGCAUGGUUCCCACAACCUCCUAAAUGUGUGAAGAUGUCCUGUAGACCCCAGGACGAUCCCAAUAACGGAGCAGUGUUCCCUUCACUGCAAGAGCAGGGUAAAGGUGUCCUGUACGGAGCUAACAUUACCUAUCAGUGCAACACGUGCUCUGAGCUGCAGGGAGGAGACGCACAGAUAAGAGAAUGUGUAUUUGAUGGGAAUAAAGGAGUCACGUGGUCAUCACCAGAGCCCACGUGCAAUCCAAUACUUUGUUAUCUGCCCGCUAUUUCUAACGGAAGAAUUACAAGUGGUCAUGAUGUCGAGGAUAUACCCAAGUGUGGAGAAACCGUUAGCUUUGAAUGUGAUUUAGGAUACAAACUAGUAGGAGACAAACAACUGAAGUGCACGAGCAGCAGUAAGUAUGACACAGUUAUCCCUACCUGUGAGGAAGUAACCUGCCCCCACCCGGAAGUAGCUCAACACAUGAGAACUACAACUUAUCCAGAUCCUGCUGCUACGGACGGGAAAUACAGACCGUACACUGAGAUAGAAUAUGAGUGUGAAGAUGGAUGGGACCUAGUUGGCAGCAUGAUAAUAUCCUGCCAGCAAGAUGGGACCUGGAGGGGAGACUUCCCAAGAUGUGAACACAGCGAGUGUGAGCCCCUUGCAAACGUUACCCACGGGAGGAUAGUCAAGGAAUCAGACAUUCUGCGCAGAAUAGAGUGUGAUCCUUGUUAUGGCCCGACUAACCCUGGAGCGGAGAUACUGCAGUGUAUAGACGGCAGGUGGAGCCCUCCUAAACCUACAGAGUGUGAAGUGAAGCAGUGCAGUAAGCCUGAUCACGCAGUAGGAAACGGCAGACUCACAGCAAACACAAUACGAGUAAAGUACGAGUGCGGGAGCUCUGUAACGUUUAAAUGUGACGAGAGCUACGCUCUGACGGGUCAGGCCGUGUUACGGUGUGGUGAGGAUGCAGAGUGGGAUAACAAGUUUCCUUUAUGUGUAGAGCAGGUGUGCCCUGUGUUGGAGGGGGUCCCUAAUGCUGACACUAAAUACACUUAUGGCGGUCAGCAAGUACAUUACGUGUGUGACGAAGGGUACGAGUUGUACGGUGACCCUGUAAGGCGCUGUCUGAACGGUUCCCAGUGGAGCGGGCCGGGGCCCACCUCCUGCAAAGUGAAACACUGUGGCAAUGUGGGGGAUAUCCUGUACGGCAGUGUCACUCAGAUUAGUGGUGGGUUAGAAGGAGGUGCCGAUACUCCGGGGGCGGCAGUGCAGUACAAGUGCAAGGAUGACAGGUACCACUUGAUGGGGGAGGAUAUAAGAACGUGCACAAACAACAAACAGUGGACCUACGCCCCACCUGAGUGUAAAUGUGUGUCCUGUCCCGUACUAUCUCUUCUUAACGGAAUUAUAGAGACUGCUGAUGAGAACGUGGUGGGAACGUCGGUGCAGUAUAUGUGUGAUCCAGGCUAUAAGAUGGUACCAGAAGGUCGGAAUACCCGAACAUGCCUUGAAAGUGGAGAAUGGGAUGGGAUUUCUCCAAAAUGUGAACGAGUGAGAUGUAAAAGAAGAGUACCUGAAGGAAGUAGGAUAACAGGAACUGACAAGGCAGAGUACGACUAUCUGGAAACAGUGCAGUUUGUGUGUGAGCCGUACAAGAACAAGCUUGUUUACAAGUGUGGAGAUGAUGGACUCUGGGAGGGUGACGUGGACAAAACAUGUGCUUCCUGCAAAGAGAGGAGGAAAGAAGUGGUAACGUAUGUCACUAAAGUAAUACCAGGAAACUGUAUUCUAGGAAGAUGCACCGAGGAAACAACGGUUAAAUUCCCAGUGACAACGUAUGAAACGGAAGUAGUGUGCGAUUAAACACUAACUAUCAGACUUUUCACAACAUCUUAGAUUCAAAAAUAAGAUAGCCCGGACGAUAUCAAUUAUUAGAGACUGUUGCAAUGUGCCAAGAUUGAUUGUAAUAAAAUAAUGAACUGUGAAGAGCUGAUGACUUAGAAUCAGUUAAAUAGUGAUUUACUUUAGAAAUUGAUUAUGAUUUUUACUUUUAUUUGCAUUUAUUUCACAUACGUAUAAAAAUAUUUUCAUUUUACCGAUUUCAGUUUAUAUACAAUUUUCAUUUAGCAUUAAUAAUCAAUUAAUGACUGAAAAUUCAAUUGAACUAACUUGAUCUGUUCGAAAUUAUUGAUGAUUUUAUUUCCAAAGUCAACAAUAGCACUGUUUCUGUUAAAAUUCGAUGCUGAUAAUUUCAAUUUUCUAUAAUUUGGCGUUUUUUAGUCUUUGCAUAUGAUACAACAACAAAAAAAGUUACAAGGAUACAAAAAUCAUUAUUAAUAUUAUUAUAUUAGCGACAAGAUAAACGCCAUUCUCGGACGUGAAGAGAGUGAGGACAUGACUUCCUCCUCAAUU